UCUUUAAAUAUACAUUCCCAGGCUCCCGAGUGGUGCAACUGUCUAAGCAUUGGCCUCACAAUCUACUGAGAAUGGUAGUGUGAUUGGGGGGGGGGUCCUAACUAGUGAGGGGAAUUGAAGAUUCGGAAUUUAGGAGAAAAUUGGGACCCACCCCUAAAAAAAACUUUCCCAAAUUUUCUUUCAGUCCACUCAAACCACAUUCAGGCCUUCAUUAAAGUCGCGUAGACUCAAUGUGGUUUGGGCCCUCCAUAUUACUUACUCUGAGCUAUAAAAUGAACAAAACUGUGGUCAGUCCCUUCAACGGGGUAUGUAUUUAUAAACCAGUUUAUAAAAUUAUAAAUCACCAUUUAUAAAUCAGUCCUGCUUUAUGAAAACCAGCCCUGGUGUUGUCUAAAAUGGCUAAAUUCCUCUAGCUAACAGUAAAUGAGGUUUUGCUCUAAACCACAUUGGCUAGUCUUACAUGACCUUAAUGAAGGCCUGGAUGCUGUUUGAGAGAAGAUUUCAAAAUGGACAAUUUGGGCUAUUUGGGUGACUAUUGAAUUGUAGGGUUUGUUAGUCGUGUUAUCCUCCUAGCUCUAGUUAUUAACUAAAGAAGUAAUGUUUGGACUCCAAGCAUGUCUUGGCUGAUCAACCAAUCUAGGAAACUAGGGUACUGUUACUUUAACGUCUACCUGAAAGUGCUCUGUAGUGCCCUGUAUCUAAAUUAGCCGAUGAGAUUGAACAUGUAUAGUCAUGCUAGGCUGGGUAAGGCUAAUGGCCACAGAAGGGAUUGCCGAUCCAUUGUAUAAAGCUUUAAUGGCCCUGUAACAUGCAACUCCUUCAUGAGUGAAGCCCUUACUUGCAGAACGUCCUAAUCUCUGGCUCUGUGCGUGGCUUUUGUAUAAGUAUAGAGCUGACAGCAGUGUGUAGCUGUACAUUGAGGAGGGGAUUUAGGAGAACAAGACUAAUGUUUUGAACCAUAACAGAAGAAAUGCUCCAGCAUGAUGUCAGUCUUUCGCUGAGUCAUUCGGAGCAGCAUUUGGCCCCUGUAGUCACAACUAAGAGAAAAAGAAGAGAGGCAGAAGGCUGAGGCUAGGUUAGGAGGGUGGAGGUAGGUCUGUAUUUGACUUCCCUUGCCUUUAACCCUGUGCUGUGAAAUGUCACCUUAUUAACACAAAGGGCUCGCCGCCUAUUCAAACUCUCCUUGGCAAAGUGGCGGGCCAGCCAAGAGUGAAUGUGGCUGUUACCGUGGCAACCCAUGACAACUGGGAAGUCCUUGCCAGGCGGAGCAAAAUGGGAGGGGUUUGAGAGAAGAUCGAGAAAAAGUUACUCUAUCAGGGGAGUGAAUAGAGGUUAAGUAGUCGGAGAGAGUGAGAGUGAGAGACAGAGAGAGAUAGAGCAGAGAGAGAGAGGGAGAGAGAGCAGCCAGACAGUGAGAUCAGAGAGAGGGAGAAAAACAGAAGGCUUAAGCAGGUUGGACUUACAGGCAGCUCUGAGGCAGACAGCACCCUGGAGUUUCUCCUAAGGACUCUGUGCAUGGCAGUGCCAUUACACACACCAGAGAGUUUUUAUAUAUACUGGCAGCGAAUCUAAACUCUUCAUAGAAGAAGCGGACUGGAACCACCACAGAUGACAUGCAGCCUCAGAGGACGGUGGUGUGUGAGCAUCUGAACGGCUCACGGAUUGUUUUCACGGAUGAAGGUCGACAAGGAAGUGCUCUCUCUCCAGACAUGACCCAGGAAGUAGUGGUGAUCUCCCCAGGGCUGCCCACACCUCCUCUGAGCCCCUACUACAAAACCGCUGCUUCUGCACCUUCUCAACAGAAGGUUGCGGAGGUGAAUGGAGGUGGAGUCCCUGCCCCCAGUUUUGGAUCCUACUAUGGUCCCAGCCAGUCACAAGAUGGGUUAACUAAUGGUGGGCCACGUUCUGCCACUCUGCCCCGCACUUCCACCACCAGAGAGGAGAGGCUCAUCAAGUACUCUGGGAUCGGCCCUGUGGAUGAGACAGGCAUGCCAAUCGCAUCUCGAUCAAGUGUGAAUAAACCCAAGGACUGGUACAGGAGCAUGUUUAGACAGAUCCACAAGAGACCUGAGGAGACAGAAAUUGACUGGAAGGAAAGGAGGCUGUCCCCCAGUCCCCCUUUAGAGUCCAACCAGGAGCAUGGUCAUGGGCCGGGAAAAGACCCCUUCACGCUAACCCAGCACGGAGCUCUACCUGACUGGGCUGAUCUGGGAGACGUAGUGAAGAUUCCAGAACCGAAGAGCAUUUUCGACUUUGAGCCGGGACAGGGAAGCACGGUGGAGGAUCAUAAGCUGUCACCUAGACAACCACCUGUGCACCGCCCUGUUGAGACGCCCCGCUCCCCCUCCAUAGAGGCCGCGUUGGAGUCAGAGCUGAACCGUUUCGAGGCAGAGCUGGAGUCAGACAUCCGGGGCAUUGAGAGGAAGAUUUCCCUGAAGAAGCAGCAGCGGCAAGGCAGGGGUGAGGCUGGUAGGGGCAACACUUCAGGAGCUGGACCUGCUGGGAAAGGACCGGACAACAGCUAUUUGACUGGAGGAAAGCAUCUCGGGACGAAAGACGGAGGAGGUGCACCUCUCAGUCGCCCAGCAGUCCCCUGCUCCAGCGUUCAGCCGGACCUUGUACCUAGUACCACACAUGCUAACGACAGAACAGCGUGUGUGUCUGCAGAUAUGGACUUCCCACCAAAGAGAGAGGAGAAGAAGAUGAAAGCAGCAAGAGCCAAAUUCAAUUUCCAAGCACAGUCGCCCAAGGAGCUGACCCUGCAGAAGGGUGAUGUGGUGUACAUCCAUCGCCAGAUCGAUGCCAACUGGUAUGAAGGAGAGCACCACGGCAGAGCAGGAAUCUUCCCCACCAGCUACGUGGAGAUUAUUCCCCCGACGGAGAAACCCGUCCCGAUAAAGUCUCCCACCAUGCAGGUGCUGGAGUAUGGAGAGGCUGUGGCCCUCUUCAACUUCACCGCUGAUCUGCCCGUGGAAUUGUCCUUCCGGAAGGGAGAGGUGAUCUCUAUAACCCGGCGUGUGGACGAUCACUGGCUGGAGGGUCGCAUCCCCGGCACCAACCGCAGUGGAAUUUUCCCUGUUAACUAUGUCCAGGUCAACAAAAUGCCCCGCACCAAAAUGGCCGAUGACCUUUCAGUCGCUCCUCUGUCCCCCAUUGCCUUGGAGCCACGCAGCCCCGGCAGGCCCCUGCACUCCCCCUUCUCCCCCUCACUCUCCCCCUCCUCUCACAGCCCUCAGCCUCUGCUUUCACCCCACAAACACUCCAGCCAAUCACGCUCGCCCCUCUCACCCACACAGCCCGCCACCACAAAACAGCCAUCUGAUCACUUUGUGUACUCGCCUGGCCCGGGCUCACCCACCCCACCCAACAGCCACUGGAGUGGAUCACCGCAGCCUUCAGCUUACAGCUCACUGGACAGAGAAGUGAGGUCACCUGUGUCACCAUCCAAUCAUGUGAUGCCGUCUCCUCAGGGUCCAGGACUGGCUGCGAAUUCCAUCCCACGGCCUUCAUAUACCACUCAGGAUGGGACCAGAACACACUCUCCCCAGCAUUACACGCAUGUAAAGACUCCACCGUCAGCGCAGUCGCCUGUCAACAGCAGCUCUGCUGUCAUACCACGGCAGCCGUAUAAGGCCGUUUAUAACUACAAACCCCAGAACAGGGAUGAGCUGGAGCUGCGGGAGGGAGACAUCGUCCAGGUGAUGGAGAAGUGUGAUGACGGCUGGUUUGUAGGUACGUCUGAGAGGACCCAUGCUUUCGGAACAUUCCCUGGCAACUAUGUGGCACCUGUGUGAAAACACUCCUUACAAAUGCUUAACUGACUGUUUGGCAAGCACAUCCACUGCUGCUCCAGGCCUACUCACCGAUUAACAAGAAGAUCCACUCAUGCACACAUACGCACUCAUACUUCUGUCCCUAGAUCAUCUCAUUCAUCACUUUCAACCGCCAGAACAUUUGCAUGCACACUUCAUUCACAUUUUGAGCACUUCUCUGUGUGUGUGUGCUUUCACAAGCACUCCCUGGCUGUAUUGGCAAUGGCAGAGAUGUUGUGUGGAAUAGAAGAAUAACCAACCCACCAUCAUCAUUGACCGACUCACAGGUGGCCAUGGAUACUUGCUGGACUGGAGUGUUGCCAUAGGAUACAACAGACUUGCUCUAUCAAACCUUAGAGUUCAUGAACAUUUUCAUAUCCAAGCACAUGCUUAUUUCACGGCACAACUAAUGCUGAUCACCAUGAUGAGCUUCUGGUUUACUCUGUUGUGUACAAAUGACUUCCAUCCUGCCUUUCAGAUUUGUAAAAGCACGGCCCUGUGAAUACUCUGCACCAGCAGGAGGAAAUGCACGCGUCUGGAAAGAGGGACUGCUUUCAACUUUGUGAUUUACACCAACGUCACAGAUAAUAUUAGUGUUUUGUUUUUUUUUUGCUGGCUUAGCUGAAAUCCAUUUGAUGUUAUCCACACAAUAGCAACAGCAAACUUUGAUGCUACAGCUUCUGUUAUCUCUUACUCUAUCACUCAGGCUUAUGUGGAGGCACUAUUGAAUGAACAACUCACUCUUCUGCAUUCUAGAGGCUUUUGGUGAGAUAUUUGUGAUGGACAAAGGAAGUAGUUCAUGCAUAACUGACCCCAGAAUGUAAAGUGGAGCGUUGGGAUGUGUAGCGUAGGUUGACAGAACGAUGCUGUAAGGUACACAGUGUGUAAACCCCCAACAACGUGUGAUACGUGAUACAUUCAUACCAGCGACAUAUGCACUAGCAUACCAUGGUGUCACUGAUGUGCUGUCCACCACCCAAAUAAUUUGUGGUCAGCAGUGGUCCCAUUAUAGUUUCCAUUGAUGGACGGAGUAGGAGAUGGCUAAUAGAUUGUGCAGCAACAGAUGGGCUACAAUCUGUAACCAUAAACCUACAAAGUGAACCUAUGCGGUAGGUGUUUCUGAUAAAAAGGCCAAAGAGUGUAGCUAAAUGGUAGACGUACUGAAUAAACUGGCAACACAGUGUACUGAUUGCAUCAGUGUAUAUGCACAUAUAACAGAUGCCACUGAUGCACACCCAGCUGCACUCACUCUCCUUCCUUCUGGAUUGAGAUUAUGCAAAUUAACUGAGAGGGGACCAAUCAGAUUGUUGAUAUUUGGCACAUAAGCCAAUUUCAUCACACCCAUAGUCAAGCUAAAAUUCAGUACCCGAACGCACAUUGUGCGGAGAACAUUAUGGUUGGAAAAAAAAUAUGUUCAAAAUGUGGGAUUAGUUUUUUUUUUACUGUUAUUAUAAAAAAAUAUUAGUAAUAUUAGGCUGCUAAUAUUGCUUGUGUUUUAGCGACACACUCCCAGAGUGACCCAACAUUUGGAGAGUGACCUCGUCCAGUGUAAUGAAAAUGCAACGUUAUUUUAAACAGUGCAUGGCUACUGCAGAUUUUGCAGUAAAAUGAUAAAUAAAACAAAACAAAUACUUUUUAAAGUAUUUUUAGCAGUUGCAGUUAAGCAAUCCUGAAAAUUGGGAAGUGCGUGGCCCCCUCAGCACCCCCCACUUUCCCACGUCCUGUGCUCUAAAGUAUUAGACAGGCAGUGGCAAAAAGGUAUGGGCUCCCAUUCUUCAUUUCUUAUUGAACCUUUCAAUACAUUGAAAGUUAACAUACCAGUAUAAUAUAAAAUGUACUUUCAGUGUUUCAGGCAAAAAUAACCGUGAUGAAAAACAACAGUAUAAACUCAGACCAACAAAACAGUUGACACAUGUAAUUCUGAGUGCAGCCCAAUUAUGUCUCAUUAUCCCUGACCAUCAACUGUACUACGCUGUAAUUUCAAACCUAAAAGUUGACGUCUUUAUAAACAUUCCUGACAUUCUCCAUCGUAGAACGUAUGUGCACGCUGUAAAAGAGGUGUAAGACCAACCACAAGUUACUUUGGAAAUUGUGAAGUUGCAAAAAUAAGAUGUUUAGAAUGCUCUGCUUUGGGUUUGUAUUAUUUGAAAUAUCUGACUUCUUUUCUAACUCGAGUAUUCUGUUCCUUUUUAAAUGUUUUUCUGACAGCUGAAACUGACUUAUAUGCCGUAUGUUGUACAGAUAUUAAAACUGUUAUCAGACUUCAAAUAUAAUAUAUUUUUUAUUGACCACACAGUGUAUUUCAGCAUCUAUGGUACUCACAGAUUUUGAUAACAGUCAAAUAAAUAUAUCCAAUGCUGAACAAAAAA